GCGGGACUGUUGGUAAAAUGGCGCGUAAGUCCUCCCAAUAGAAUGCAAUUGAUGGCCACCGAUGAGGAUUAUUUUGCUCUAUACACGCCGAAGUCCGUCCGGAAUACCGACUAAAGCGCUUAUUCUCGGGCCAUCACAUCAGUAGUUUACUUCAAUACCUCAGUGUGUCCAAACAAAUAAGUACGGAAAAGGAACUUCUUAAAUAUUUUCACCCUCAAAAGCUUGUGAUCCAAAUUUUCUAAAAUUCCUGUUGUCAAACUUUAGUGAACACUAAUCGGUGGGAUUCUUCCAUAUCUGUUGACCUAUGAAGUACACAUAAGUGUCCUGGGGAGACUGCCAGAAUAGGGUUAUAGAUUAGCCUUCUGUAGCAUUAUCGUAAAGUCCAAAACAGGAACAGCCAAGAACUGUUCCUGGACUUGACGACUACUACGUAGCGCUGCAAUCGCCAAAAUAAAGCAUAUUGUCCCGUAUGUAUGUCAAUCGAGAAACUACGAAUCACAUCUUCGUAGGUCAACGACAGAAAAAUGUGUCAUUUUGUCCAUAAAACAUCUGAGCAUCGCUUUCAAAUAGUAUUUCCGAGAAAUUGAGUAGACCAGGUGUGUUUGUUGUUUUUCGACAUAUUGAGAAGCUCAUGAUAUACCAAGGGUGUUUUUUCCGCUUGUAUUUUGUCCAACAACCGCUUCAUUUAAUAAAUCUACUUAAUAAAUACAAGCUUUCUUAAACAUCAUACUCAACUUUUCUACGCAGAUGGUGGCAGAAUAACUACUAAGAACAUCUCUAAAUCCACAACCACACGAAUAGAGAAAACCCUACUUUGCUUCUUCGUAACGUGAUUAGUGUGAUGAAUCAAUUUCAGAAGUUUGUGGAUGAAAAUCUGGUCGUCAUAAGACAUUUGCCUACAGCCUACUUCUUAGUUGGAACGUAUCUUCUUGCAAGGUACUACUAUAUUUUUGCUAAAUUUAACUCCAUCCAAUCUAUUCCAUCUGGUGUGUACAAACGUCAAAUUCAUCUCAAAGGUUUGGUUAGCGCCGUCAAACAUACAGGUGAAUUGGAGAUUUUUCAUAUGCCUAAGGUUAGAGUACCCUUUCAAGCCAAAUAUGGUGAUAUGAUAAAAAUCUCAUUUCCUGUGCAACACACUGGACAAAGUAUACAGUGGGUAAACAAAAAUAUACACCCAGGAGAACGUAUCACUUUCAUUCCUGUGAAACCAAUUUUAGAGGAUACAGAACUGUUGGCUAUAAUUUACAAACACCGGUAUUUCUUUAGAAAAGAUAUAUCUUACCACCUACUGGCUAAUGGAAUAGCCAAUCACAAGUACUUGAGUGAUUUGCCAGAUAACUUUCGCAAUAAAUACUCCUUGGCAGUAUCGAAAGCGGCUAGGAGAAAACGAGAUAUUUGGCAAGAAAACUCUAAAGUUUGGAGAUCAUGCAAAUUAUUUUUACGUAAGAUAAAACAACUCAUGAGGAUGUGAAACACAGGAUUUAUUUUCGUCAAUAUAAGACUGCUUUAUCUCAA